AUGUGGAAAGAAUUCACCUUCAACGGAAAUUAUAAAUGGAUUGAUCUGCUACCGAAACUUUUAUCAACAUAUAACAAUACUAAACAUUGUACAAUUAAGAUGAAACUCAUUGAUGUGACUUCAGCCAAUAAGAAGCAACUAAUUGAUACUAUUUAUAAGAAACUCAAAGUUGUGAAAAUAAAAAAGAAGAAAGAUAAGUUUAAAAUUCGUGAUAGAGUUCCAAUAAGUAAAUAUGAAAAUGUAUUUGAGAGAGGCUACACUCCUAACUGGACCACUGAAAUUUUUACCAUCAGCAAAGUUGAAAAUACUCAUUCAGUGACUCAUAAAUUAACCGACUAUCAGAACUAA